AUGCAAGUUCAAUUUAUUCACGAAACCCUUUCCUUCUCACCAUCUCCAUCCCUUCAGCAUGAUAAUGAUUCACUCCUUAUGCAGCAGAUUUCAAAUCCGCCAUAUCAUCUUACUUUAUCCUUGAAUCUUUUAUUAGCCCCAAGUCGAAAAAGUCCAACGCACUUACCAAGACCACAAAAUUCCUUUGUUUUAUUCAGAAAGGACUAUAACACGAAAAUGCGUCAAUUAAAUCGUAAUAGUUCUAAUAAACUAAGUGCAAAGAUUAUUUCAGAGAAUGCCAAAGUUGAGUGGAGCAGGCAGCCACCAACUGUAAAAAACUUUUUCAAAGUUUUGGCCAAAGAGGCUGACAAACGGCAUAAGGAAAUGUUUCCUCACUAUAAAUAUCAGCCUAAAUGUAAAUCAAGAGAUAAUAGAGAUGAAAAUGAGGAGUCCGCUUCCCCAAUAAAUUCUGAAUCGUUAGAAGAUACCACACAUGUGGUUGAAAUCGAUUCAACUUCGGAUAACAAUGACAGUAUAGGUUCUGAUACUGACAUGUUUGAUACAUAUUUUGAUUACAAUGCAUAUUGUAAUAAUUAA